AUGAACCGCGUCCUCGCUGCAGAGCCACCGCAGCGCCAGCGUACAUGGCCUCCGUCGUCCCCGUCGACAGAGCUCUCCCAGCCGCCAAGUCGCAAGAGCUCUGUCAGGAAAUCAAAACAGCAGUCGCCCCCGGUCCCCGUGAAUACCAGAGACGAACUUCUCCUUAGCCUCAUGGCAAGCGAAGCCGCAAUCGACAGCAGAAGCUUCGAAAUACUAUCUGCGGAGCAGGUCGACGAUCUAAAAAAGGAACAUCAACUCCUUUCCCAACGCCAGGAGGCUCUUUCUCAGAAACUAUCCACCGAAACCAAAAUUCGUGAUGCUGCUCUCUCCCUGGCACGCAUCAAUGCGUCCAACAGUGCAAAGCAGCAGCAAACUGCCGAGCAGCUCGAUGUCGCUAACAGCCGUGUCUCCCAAACCCAGUCGGAACUCUAUCGCGUUUCUACCUCUCUUGCUCAGCUACAUGCAACCCUUAUGGAGCACCGCGCCGCUGUGCUUAGCUUCUCCGUCAGAUCUUUGGAACACAAGCUUUCAGGGGCAACUGGUGCGGACGACUCAGGGUAUGACUCCUCCAAUCGCAGCACCCUCACUAGCCCAGCUACCACCUUCUCUGUACUUUCCUCGCCGUCAUCGAGUAAAUUUGAGGGCGCCCACUUUUUCGCAGGGCAUGCAGAUGCAGUCGUGCCUAGACGUAAACUGUCUCCUGAGGCAGCGGCAGCGGAGAUCCAGGCGCUGCAAACCAAAUUGGCUUCCGCAAAGGAGGCUCUGGAGGCGGCAGGAAAGAAGCAGGCUGAUAUGUCCCGCGAACUCUCUAUGAUCAAACUCGAAAAGCAAGAAAUUGAAACAAUGUUUGCAUUGGAGAAAGAGGAUCAGCUUUCUGAAAUCAACAGAUUCAAACGUGAAAAGGACGAAUGGGAGAGGCAGAGAACGCAGUUGGUCAAGGCCGAAGGAGAUGCAGAGGUCCUGCGCCAGCAAUUGGCUGAUAUCGAGGCAAAAUCGAACGGAGAGAGCGCUGGGUUGCGUGCACAACUUGAGGAACGGGAACAGGAAAUCGAGGAGAUGCGCCGUGCAUGGGAAGAGGAGCGUCAGAUGUGGGAGGAUGAAAAGAUGGAAGACCUCGCGAGGCUCCAGGAAGAGUUUGAUUCUCGUGGAGAUCAGCCCAACGAAGAGCUUGAAGCAGGCCUUGCUUCAAUUCAAACAAUAGUCAAGAAACAUGGCGUUGCGCUGUAUUCUAGGGACAACUCGUUGCUCGGCUUGUUGGAUUCGGUGAGCACGCAUUUGGACGGCGUGCAGACGAAGCUGGAGGAGUAUUCACGAAAGGAAGCUGAAUGGGACACUCUACGACGGAAACUUGAAGACGAUGUUCGGAAUGGACUAGAUAGGCGCGAGGCGAUGGCUAGAGAGCUUGAGGAUGUCAGGCGCGAGCGAGAUGUUAUUAGAGACCAGUCGUCACUGCGCAUGUCUUCCGUGCCAGAGUCGCCAUCGUCAUCAUUUGCGGAUGUCGAACGCCUCUUACAACCUCUAUGGGCAGUCCUCCCGUCGCCUGAAGCGCGUGCCACCAAGUUUGGGGCUACGCGCUCCUACCGUACCAAUUCUCCAACGCCAGGCACACCAGGUGGCCCCAACUCCAAUGCACUAAGCCCAGCACAAAUAUCAGGCGUCGUCACCUCGCUGUCGGACCUCGACGUACGCUCGCUCAAGUCGCUCUAUGCCGACAACUCACGAAACAAUGGUUUCAGCACACCAUCAUCAUCACCCCACAUGUCCCAUCCCCCUCAACAAUUGCAACCAUUUAAUCUGGAGGCAUUUGCUCAACGGGUGCAAGCAUUGAUUGCUGAUGAUCGUUCACUGAUCGAGCGACUCAUUCGAUUCGCUCAGGCCCAUGACCUUCUCAAAAAGAAUGCAGAGCGCGCACAGAAACUCGCGCAGGAUAGUACGCAUGCGCUCGAGACGUAUCAGAAACAGGUUCGCGCUCUGGAGGAAAGGAAUCAAAACUUGGGGGGCCGUAUCGUGGCUUUGCAAGAAGAGAUACAAAAUCUUCAAGAUACCGUCGAGCGACUUGAAACCGAAAAACGUGAACUCGAGAACCUCGCAGCUGAGCAAGGCGAGACAUGCCGGCAGCUCUCUGAGGCGAACGAUACACUUUCUACACGCACUCUCGCACUUGCAGAAGAGGCUGCUCAGGCGUCCGCCAUAGCGCGUACACAGCUUACAGCACAGGCCAACCAGCACGAAAAAGAGAUAGCGGCACUCAAUGCGAAGCUGGAAGAGAUGAAACGUGAGCUGAGUCUAGCACAGGAUGAGGUAGAAGCUAUGAGGACAUCGGAACAGAGUCAACGCAUCGCCCUUCUCGACGAGCUCAAUUCAAUGCAGACGGAGAAUGGUAGUUUGCGGGCUCAGUUGAGGGCCGCAAAGAAGUAA